AUUUCAAAAAAAUCUUUAUUUGUCGUUUCUGUCAAAAUAUAUUGUAGAUUUAUACAUAGAUGAGUUUUAGUCAUACCACAGUAACUGAUAUACUUUGGUGUGGAUAAUAAGAUGGUGAAUUGUAUACGAUUUUUAUAUGGAUUUAUACUUCUAGAUAUUUCGAUCAUAAGUGUUGUUGUUGGCUUGCAUAAUCACCAUCCACGUCCACCACCGCCACAACCGCCACAACGGCUACGCCCACCACCACCUAGACCACCACCGCCAAAACCACCAGGAACAACGACAACCCCUGCACCUACUACUAGUACCUCUACUACCACACCUGCACCAGAAGUAGAGAUAGAACUAGAAGAAAUUUCAACCACACUCGCACCUAACUCUACUACAGUAGCCUCUUCGACUGUUAGGCAACCAGCAGCACAUUAUCAGCAGGGCGCAUAUCCAUAUAAUUACUAUAAUCAGUACUAUCAUAACAGUGGCCAGCCGUCUAGCCAGACUCAGCACAGUCAACCAUAUAACUAUUAUCAGAAUUAUAACAGUCAACCAUAUGACCCAAAUCAGAAUUAUAAUAGUCAACCAUAUGACCAGAAUCAAUAUUACAACCAAGCUCAAGGCUAUAAUUCUGGUUAUUAUUCUGGACAAUCUUAUGUUGCAGGUCCGGGACAGAAUCAACCUGCAUACAAUCAUGUAACAGGUGCACCACACCCAACGACAUAUCCUUACCACCAGAAUCAUCCUCCAAAUAAUCCAUAUUCUGCCACUCAACCACCACCUGCAGCACACGCGCCUUAUGCUCAGCCUCAACAACAUCCAGCUGGCCAUGCUCAGCCUCAGCAACACCCAGCUGGCCAUGCACCGCCAUCAAACUCAUAUCCCCAGUAUGAUCAUUACCCUGCAUCACCACCAACUCCAAUCUCCGCCGGCCAUUACUACCCACCUGAUCAAAGUAGUAAUCACCAACAUCAUCAGCAGCCUAAUCCUGCUCAACCUCAACAGCCUAACCCUGCUCAACCUCAGCCAGAUUACUAUCCUCAGCAAAAUCAAUACCAACAGGGCAAUAAUCAACAACCGACCCCUGCUCAGCCUUUAACUCAAGCGGAUUACCAUUCACAACAAAAUCAAUAUCAGCAGACUAACAAUCAACAACCAGACCCAGCAUACCAACCUGGACCUCCAGCAAGACCACAAGGACCGAAUCUACCUCAACGUUUACCAACUCCUCCGGCUAACAGUCUUCCUCAACAGGCGUCUUCAGGAAGGCGUCAGACACAAUCUGUGAAUAGCCAGCCAGUUGUGGAGGAAAAAUACCAAACCAGAUAUGAAAGACCAAGAUCAUACAAAGCUGAUAUUAGUUUACCAACUGCUCCAAUUCCUUUACAAGAAAGCCGUAGAAAUGUUAUAGUUGAUAAUCGACCAAUUGCACAAUCACCUGAUGUUCGCUAUAAUGAGGUUGCAAGAGAUUCCCCAGUAGACAGGCGAACUAGUGUAAACUCACAAGACGUUCGCUAUAAUGAGGUUGCAAGAGAUACCCCAGUAGAAAGGCGAACUAGUGUAAAAUCACAAGACGUUCGAUAUAUUGAAGUGGUGAGGGGUAGCCAAGUAGACAGAAGACCCGUUGAAAAAUCACCUGCCGUCCGUUACGUGGAACCUAGAUUAGAAACUGUAUACGUUAAAACGUUAGAUCGCAGACAACCCGAGGCGCCAACUGCGGAAAGCCGUUACUUCAAGACAGACCAAAGACCAUCCGAUUCAAUAAGUUAUCGAAGUUCAGCAGAUAUCCCCCUACGUUCUGAACCGCGCACAGACAUAAGUCAACAGGCUGCUGACUACGGUAUUGGCACAGAAACAAUUGCGUCAGAAAGUAGAUAUCUUCAAAAGUCUGAUGGCAAACCACCAGGAAAUAUCGCUUAUCUUAAGUCUCUGGAUUCCCCAUCAGCUACUGUAAAAGCAGAAUACAACUACAUGAAAGAGUCAGAGAAAAGACAACGUCUACCCACUGAAAAUCAAUUAUUGGAGAUCAAAAGACAACAACUAGAAUUACUUAAACUGCUUCAAAGAGAGAAAGAAAAGUCAACGAAAAGACAAAAUCCGUACUUUAAAACAUUGUUUGAAAACAAAACCCCGGAGCUAAGCAAAGAAAAGAUACCGAAGUCGAAAGACCAAUGUCCACUUUAUAAGUACACAGUAGAAAAAGAUAGGAUAGAGAUACAUACAGAGCCAGGAAGAUGUAAAAUAGUAAUAAAAUUGCCCAAAGAUGGCGCUGGAAAACCAAAAGUAUCAUACCUCUCUCGAAACUGAUAAAUACCUUUAAUGUAUAGGGAACAAAGACACAAAUCAAGUUGUCCCAGGGACAUAGAUAUAGACAAGUAAAAUAUUGACGAAUUGUUCUAACGUCAAGUGUACUUUUAUAUACAACGAAUAUACUUUUAGUACACAAGAUGUACACGUAAUUUUUGUUCGGAUUUUCUCUUCUAGUAACAUAAUACUAUGUAUAUUUUUGCUUUAACAUAUGCAAUAUUGCUUGAAAGUACAUGUAUUAAUAUUAUAAGCUAUGUACAUAUUUUUUUUUCGUUUCGGAGUACGAGUAAUUAAGAUAUUUUAUCAUUAUAACAUCUAUUGAAUUUCAAAUAGAUGUUAUAACUUGAAUGGACGUACAUUGUAUGGAGUUCACUCCAAUGACAUAUUUUACAUUUUACACUUAAUAGAAUCGAUAUGAAUAUGCCCAGUCUAUAAUGAAUUUCAUUCAAUUUUUUUUGAAUAAUUGUGAUAUUAAGUGUAUGAUUAUUAUGCGAAUAUUGCUCAUUGCUUUACUUGUUUGGUAUGUUUUUUGUUUGCUAGUGUAACAUUAAUGUGUCGGUUUGUGAAUGUAAAACAAUAUUGUAUGACGCUGUAUAUAUAUUGAUUAUACAUUGUAUGAAAUAACAAAACAUAUGAUUCUAAUUGUUUUCCCAAAAUCACGACGGGGUACAACGAUACAUAUGUAUUAAAUCAGACGCGAGGAAUAUUAUAUGCCUGCAAAAAAAGAAAAUAAGAAAGAGACUUGUUUUUAUUGAGAUUGGUUGCUUCAAAAUUUAGAAUUUGUUAAAAAACUAACAAGAAAUCUUCUAUAUAGCUUUUAGAAUGUAAGUAUUUCUUCAAAAACAUUUUUAAGAUUGUUCUUUCAUUCUAUUUAUAUAGUUUAGGUAGAAUAAUGUCUUUAGAAAUUAGUAAAGUGUUGAAAAGUUUCUUCAAUAUUGCAUUAUGCCAGAAGUAACUAAGAAACAUUUUUUUCAUAUUCAAGAUGAUGUUCUUUAAAAAAGAGGUAUAUACCAAAGAAUUUGGUAUUUAUUACAGAAGAUUUCAUACAAAAUUAAUGUUUAUAUUUUUUGAGUCCAACUGCAGUAAAAGUUUUCUUGUAAU